UUUGUUGUUUUGAGCCCGUCAGUAUUUAAGGUGUUAGAGCGCUCAGAUGGAUUUUAAGUGUUUACAAAUGCACUACAAAUGUAAUUAUUCUCAUCAGUGAGCAAACCAGUAGGAACAACUCCGAGCGAAACGGCAGAGAUCUGCAUAACACAAUAUUAUAAACAUGGAGUUAAUUAAAGAAGAGAGUGAAGAAAUAAGUAAAUCCAGGCAUUAAAGAGGCCAGUUGGGUUCAAGCAAGCAGUCUAGCUGCUGGUGUAACAGCACAUUCUUCAUGAAGCAAUACUGAAAAGAUGGAGUUUUUUAAAGAGGAGAGUGAAGACGUGAGUGAUCCAGAAGAAUGCAAAAUAAAGGAUGCUGAGCUACAAACAGCAAAAAAGAGAAAGACUUCUCCUGUAUGGGAAUACUUUGAUCAGAUUUCUUCUAACAAGGUGAAGUGUAUGUUGUGCUCUAAGGAAUUGGGGUACAAUAAUAACACUUCGUCUAUGAUAAGGCAUUACCGUGCAUUGCAUGAGAACAAGGAGAGAAAUGGAUGUGGGCCCAGCCAAGCUACCAGAAAACAAGAGCUGGAUGAGGCCCUGGUCACAAUGAUUGUGAAAGACACACAGCCAUUUAGUAUUGUGGAGGAUGUGGGAUUUAGGGACUUUGUUCAGAAACUAGACCCAAGCUAUGUUCUUCCCACAAGGCAGGCUGUAAAGGCCAUGGUGGAGGCGAAAUAUGCCGAGUCCAAGGAGAAGGCCAAAGCUGACGUGAAGAAGGUGACUGCAGUGAGCCUGACGUCUGACCUGUGGACGUCCAUCAACAUGGGUGCCUACCUGGCAGUAGCUUGCCACUUUGUGGACAGCAACACCUGUCUCAAUUCAGUUCUGUUAGGAGUGCUCAAAUUUCCCCAGGCACACACUGCUGAAAAUGUAGCUCACUUGAAAGCCUCCCUCAUGGAGGAAUGGGGGAUAACCAACAAUGUAACAUGCCUGGUUACAGAUGGUGCUGCUAAUAUGAUCGCCUGUGGCAGGGAACUGAGGCUCCGUCACACGGUCUGCAUUGCACACACUCUUAACCUGAUAGUUAAAAAGGCUCUUGACCAGACCCCUGUGCUCGCUGAUAUUCGGGCCAAGGCGAGGAAGCUCGUGGGAUACUUCAGAAGCAGCGUCACUGCUAAGGAAAAGCUUGCACUGCUGCAACAGCAGAUGGGAAGGCCUACGCUGAAGCUCCUUCAGGAGGUGGAGACCCGCUGGAACAGCACCUUUCAAAUGCUGCACCGUCUGGUGGAGCUCAAAGAGCCAGUGCGGGCAGCUUUAGCCAGUCUGGCCACUGAGAUACCCCCACUGAGCUCUGAUGAGCUCACCUCUGUGACUGCAUGCCUUUCACUGCUCUCUGGCUUUAAUGAUGCCACUGUGGAGCUGUCAGAAGAAAAGAAGGUUUCUGGGUCUAAGGUAUUGCCACUGCUUAAAAUGCUAGAUGAAAAUCUGCAGGAAGAGAUGACGAAUAUGGCAUCUCCAGUGGCAAGACAAAUGGGAGAGCAUCUGAAAAGACAGUUAAGGGAGAAGCUCAACACAUUGCAGUCUAUGAGCAUCAUGUCGCUUGCAACAAUGCUGGACCCUAGGUUCAAAGCGAUGGGAUUUUUUAGUCCUACAAAAGCCAACGAGGCCAUAAAAAGGCUUACAUCGGAGUGUGCUGCCAUAGUUAGCUCUGCAGCUCAACCAUCAGCAUCACACGGGGCUGAACUUGUAACCCCAGGUAACAAACUGUGGCGUCAUCUGGAUGACAGUGUGAUGGAGUCGAGAAGAAGGCACAGCGUUACAGCAGACGCUACUGUGGAAGUCCAGCGGUACCUUGCCGAACCAAAUAUUGGGCGAUUAGAGGACCCCCUUCAGUACUGGGAGAGACAGAAGCUUAUAUAUCCUCAUCUGUAUAGGCUUGCUGUCAAGUAUUUAUGUACCCCGGCUUCAUCUGUGCCUUGCGAAAGGGUGUUUUCAAAGGCAGGAGAAGUUGUGUCAAAAAAAAGAAAUCGCCUUAGCCCUAAAACAGUUGAGAAAUUAAUGUUUCUGAAUAAACAUGUCUGAAGGAUCAUUUUCAUCUUCAUCAUUUUCCUUGAUCAAGUCAUCAGAGAGCAUGACAUCAUAGACGAGGUUUAUUUGGACAAACUCUUAAAUACAAUUUUAAUAGUUGAAACAAAUACUUUAAAAACGUUUCAAACAAUAAUGAAUGUCUGUGUAUUUUGUAAUUUUCUAAUGAACAUUUUUAAGUGAUCAAUUCUAACUGUAGUGGUGUGUCAGGAGUGUUUAUCGUAUUUAUCUUCUCUGUUACAAUGGAAUAUUUAUUCAUUUGCUUUGUCAGACUUGUAACAGUUGUAACAGUGUACUCAAGUCAAAACACCCCAUAAGUUGGCAGGUGUUUUCCAGCAAAGGCGAUCUUCGCUACUAUCGCAUUCAUACAGUGCUUUCUAGUAAAGUGUUUAUUAUAAGUAAAUAUUAACAUCAGAUCUACAGGUUUGUUCUGUAUUGAAACAUAUUAAGCUGUAGAUGCACAAAUACACUAAUGAAAAUACAUUUAUUGCAAAGUUCUUCAACAGGGAGUUUUGUUUUGUAUGUAUUGUGUAUAUGUAAACUAUACAGCUGCGUAUGUGUGUGUAUGUGUUUGCAUUUGUACAUUAAUUCUGCUGAAAUAUUGAUCUUGCCUUUCAUUUACAUCUGGAAGAGAAUUUCAUCUGCACUGCAUUUUAUCCACACUACAUUCUUGCUGUGUUUACAUCAUAGCGGGAAAAAAUGCGAGAAGGUUGAAUCCAUGCUUGACAAGCUCCUGUCUCAACAUCUCUACAGUACGAUAUUUAUAUAGAAAUAUAGAAGUGCAUUGACAAACUCUUUAGAUCUGUUCCACAGCUUCUCUAAAGGAGAGGCCGUGAUUUCUUACUUGGUCAAUUAGGGUAACUGCUUUCAUUUGAAAUUGGUCUGUACCUUCUAUCUCUCCUUCCACUGUGCUGUCCACUUCUUCUCUGUCCAUGUCUUACAGUUUCUCCUCAUGCUCUUUACACCAAUGACCUGCACUCUACUCAUCUACCCCCGCCCCCUUACAUAUUUUUUCUUGUUCUCUGUAUAUUUUUCCCUUUUUAAGCAAUUGAGAUAAAUGUGUAAACAAUUAGAAAAACUGCAUUUCCUUUGUUGUCUGUUAUUAAGCGAGCAGUUAUUAGUUUGUGGCUGUGCAUUUGAUGAUAUGACAGAUUACAGAGUGUUGUUUGUUGUGUAUGGACAAAUCAAUGUUUGUGAUUUGUAUAAAACCAAUAAAAGGAGCUACAAUUGUUU